AUGAGAUCCUUUGUCCUUGCAACGCUACUAAUGGCGCUCAUUUGUGUACCCUCACAAGCGCAGUUCAAUUUCCCCUCAUCAACCACCGGCAACCACCGCUAUCCCAGAUAUCCAGCGCAAUCGUCAUUUGGUCCGUCCAAUCCGAAUAGUAUUGAUGUUGGUUCCAUUGGCAGCCGCUAUCCAUCAUACCCAUCACAAUCACUUUCACCCGGCUCUCCAGGCUCUGGUCUGGGUAGUGCAGGACUUGGUGCAGGCAGUAGUUAUCCUGGAUCAGCAAGCACUGCGGCUUCACCAUCAACUUUAACCAGCGGCAAUCCAAAUACGCGUAUUCUAGGUCUACUCGGCGGUGGCGGCGGCGGUGGUGGUCUCUUUAGCAAUCUGUUAGGCGCUUUAACUGGCAGAAAUCGUAAUCCAAUUGGAGGUGGUGGUGGUGCCAGUGGCUUUUAUCCAUAUCCAGUGCCCGCACCUUAUCCGGGAUUCUCACCAUAUGGCGUGCCCUCGCCCUAUGGCGGCGGUUUUGGUUAUCCUGGAUAUGGUGGCGGUUUUUAUGGUUAA